UGUGUGUUGUGGUUGACAAUGGCGGUUAAUUCGGGCAAAUCCCCCAGAAUCCGGCUCGUCGGUAGUCGGAUUUAUGAUUCCGUCAACGGAAAGACUUGCCAUCAGUGUCGCCAAAAAACAAGGGAUUUCAGUGCAGCAUGCAAGAACCACAAGAUUAUCAAGCCGUGUACCAUUAUGUAUUGUCAUAAAUGCCUCUUGAACAGGUAUGGCGAAAAGGCGGAAGAAGUAGAUGGUUUAGGAGAGUGGAGCUGUCCCAAGUGUAGAGGCAUUUGCAACGGCAGUGUUUGCAUGAAGAAAAGAGGUCAUCAACCCACUGGUAUACUUAUUAACAUGGCAAAGGCAACUGGCUUUUCAUCUGUUUCUGAGAUGUUGCAACAUUUUCAAGCUUCUUUGCCAAAUAAGCGGGGGAAGGAAAAUUCCGUUACUGCCAACAAGUCCAAGAAAGUUUAUAAAAGAAAAUUGGAGAAGGAAGCUAUUGCAGAAAUGCACAACUGUAAUAAGAAGAAGCGUGGAGCUGAAGGUACUGAUAUAGACAAGUCAAACAAAAUGAAGAGAGGUGGGAUCAUAUGAGCUGGAAAUUAAGAAAGAUGCUGAUAAAAUGUGUGUACUCAAAAAAUCAAGGAAGGAGUUGGAGAAGUAUGAUGGUAAGAAGGGUUAUGCCUCUUCAAAAAGUCCUAGAAAAUUAGUAUCUGAACAAGAAGCAAAACUCAAAGUCGGACGCAAUCCAGAUGUUGUAAAGCGUUUAGAAGAUGAUAACACAAUGCGAGAUGAAAUUGAGUCUGCCAUAACGCUAGUUUCCUUGACAUACCAAUGCCUCUGGGGAUAGAAUUGAAAAAUGUAGCUGGACUUGAUGUAUCAGCGGAAGAUGUUGGGAAUGCAUUGCAGUUUUUAGAAUUUUGUGCUGCUUUUGGAAAGGCAACUGAUUUUACUUGCAACCCCCUACUUUUGAUACUCAUUUUUUCGAUCUAAAUGGGACCUUACAUUUGUAUAUAUAGCUUAUUUUGAUGUCCUAACCUUUAACUGGACUGGGAGCACAUUUAUGUUAUCUACACAUGCUUAUUUCUUAUUGUCAAA